AUGGCGGAGCGGAGGAUCUCCUAUGCUCCCGACGUCGAAAACGGCGACCGUCACCGUGAGGCCGGUGACAUCAACGACGGUAGCCUCGAUGAGUACUCGGCUCUCAACCGCUACAUCUCGACUGCCCGCGAUGGCCGCCGUGGCUCCACCUCCAGCGCCGGUGCGCUGAGCAACAAGGGCCAGAAGAAGCCCUUCUGGAAGUUCUGGGGCAAGAGCGACGACACCGUCGAGGAGGGCUGGCAGGCCCCCGAUGAGUGGCUCGACACCGAGCUGCGCUCCGGUCUGAGCUCCAACGAGAUCGAGCCCCGUCGCAAGAAGUGCGGCUGGAACGAGCUGGUCACCGAGAAGACCAACAUCUUCAUUCAGUUCAUCGGUUACUUCCGUGGUCCUAUUCUCUAUGUUAUGGAACUUGCUGUCCUCCUCGCUGCUGGUCUGCGUGACUGGAUCGAUCUGGGUGUCAUUUGUGGUAUUCUGCUCCUCAACGCUCUCGUCGGUUGGUACCAGGAGAAGCAGGCUGCCGAUGUCGUUGCUUCUCUCAAGGGUGAUAUUGCUCUGCGUGCUGUCGUUGUCCGUAACGGUCAGGAGGAGGAAAUCCUCGCCCGUGAGCUUGUUACUGGUGACAUUGUUAUCGUCGAGGAGGGCCACGUUAUCCCUGCCGAUGUCCGUCUGAUUUGCGACUACUCCAAGCCCGAGAUGUUCGAGGCCUACAAGGAGUACCUGGUUACUGCCAACGAUGACACCCUCAAGGAGAAGGAUGAUGAGGAGGAUGAGGAUGCCCACGAGGCUCACACCGGUGUCUCCCUCAUUGCCUGUGAUCAGUCCGCCAUCACUGGUGAGUCUCUCGCCGUCGAUAAGUACAUGGCCGACACUUGCUACUACACCACCGGCUGCAAGCGUGGCAAGGCCUACGCCAUCGUCACUGCCACUGCCCGCCAGUCCUUCGUCGGCAAGACCGCUGCUCUCGUGCAGGGUGCCAAGGACCAGGGUCACUUCAAGGCUGUCAUGGACAACAUCGGUACCUCUCUGCUCGUUCUCGUCAUGUUCUGGAUUCUCGCUGCCUGGAUUGGUGGUUUCUUCCGUCACCUGAAGAUCGCUACCCCCGAGGACUCUGAGAACACCCUGCUCCGCUACACCCUGAUUCUGCUCGUUAUUGGUGUCCCCGUCGGUCUGCCCGUUGUCACCACCACCACCCUGGCUGUCGGUGCUGCCUACCUCGCUGAGCAGAAGGCUAUCGUCCAGAAGCUCACUGCCAUCGAGUCCCUCGCUGGUGUCGACAUUCUCUGCUCUGACAAGACCGGUACCCUCACUGCCAACCAGCUGUCCAUCCGUGAGCCCUACGUCGCUGAGGGUGUUGAUGUCAACUGGAUGAUGGCUGUCGCCGCUAUCGCCUCUUCCCACAACGUUAAGAACCUUGAUCCCAUUGACAAGGUCACGAUCCUUACUCUGCGCCGCUACCCCAAGGCCCGUGAAAUUCUCUCUCGCAACUGGAUUACCGAGAAGUACACUCCUUUCGACCCCGUUUCCAAGCGUAUCACCACCAUCUGUACCUGCGACGGUGUCCGCUACACUUGCGCCAAGGGUGCCCCCAAGGCUAUCCUCAACAUGUCCCAGUGCUCUGAGGAGGAGGCCCAGCACUACCGUGACAAGGCCACCGAGUUCGCCCGCCGUGGUUUCCGUUCCCUCGGUGUUGCCGUCCAGAAGGAGGGUGAGCCCUGGCAGCUUCUGGGCAUGUACCCCAUGUUCGACCCUCCCCGUGAGGAUACUGCCCACACCAUCGCUGAGGCUCAGGUUCUCGGUCUGUCCGUCAAGAUGCUUACUGGUGACGCCAUCGCUAUCGCCAAGGAGACCUGCAAGAUGCUUGCUCUCGGUACCAAGGUUUACGACUCUGAGCGUCUGAUCCACGGUGGUCUUGCCGGCUCUGCCCAGCACGAUCUCGUUGAGAAGGCUGAUGGUUUCGCCGAGGUUUUCCCCGAGCACAAGUACCAGGUCGUCGAGAUGCUCCAGCAGCGUGGUCACUUGACUGCCAUGACUGGUGAUGGUGUCAACGACGCUCCCUCUCUCAAGAAGGCUGACUGUGGUAUUGCUGUCGAGGGUUCCACCGAGGCUGCCCAGGCUGCUGCCGAUAUUGUCUUCCUUGCCCCCGGUCUCUCCACCAUCGUCGAUGCUAUCAAGCUCGCCCGUCAGAUUUUCCAGCGUAUGAAGGCUUACAUUCAGUACCGUAUUGCCCUGUGUCUCCACCUUGAGAUCUACCUCGUUACCUCCAUGAUCAUCAUUGAUGAGACCAUCCGCUCCGAUCUGAUUGUCUUCAUUGCCCUGUUCGCCGAUCUUGCCACCAUUGCCGUCGCUUACGAUAACGCUCACUUCGAGGCCCGUCCCGUCGAGUGGCAGCUGCCUAAGAUCUGGGUCAUCUCCGUCGUCCUUGGUGUUCUUCUGGCUGCCGCCACCUGGAUUAUCCGUGCUACUCUCUUCCUCGAGAACGGUGGUAUCAUCCAGAACUUCGGUUCUCCCCAGGAGAUUCUCUUCCUUGAGGUUGCCCUGACUGAGAACUGGCUGAUCUUCGUCACCCGUGGUGGUAAGACCUGGCCCUCGUGGCAGCUGGUCAUUGCCAUCUUCAUUGUCGAUGUUCUGGCUACCCUCUUCUGUGUCUUCGGCUGGCUGUCCGGUGAAUGGACCCAGACCCACCCCUACGAUCCCGCCGGUCCGGGCUUCUCCGUCAACAACGAUGUCGACAUUGUCACCGUCGUUGUUAUCUGGGCCUACUCCAUCGGUGUGACCGUCAUCAUUGCCGUCGUCUACUAUCUCCUCACCAUCGUCCCCGCUCUGGACAACCUUGGCCGCAAGACCCGCUCCAAGGCCGACACCCAGAUCGAGAACAUGAUCGCCCACCUGUCCAAGCUGGCUAUCGAGAUGGAGACCGAUUCCGAGGGCAAGUCCCGCUACACCCUUGGUGCUCGCGCCGAGGCGAUCGAGGAGGACGAGUAA